AUGGACGCCUUCCACUCGCACCUUUCAAUCCUGCAAUCUCAGCUUCAAUCUCAAUUCACCCAGAUCUACGCCUCCCUCCCCGAACCACUCCAACUGUACUUCACGCGCCAGAACCUCCAGAUCCUCCUGCGCGUCAUCAUAAUAAUCUCCAGCUACAUCCUAUUCCGACCACAUCUGGAGUCCUUAUUCCGCAAAGUGACAGGAACUCCGGACCCGAGACAAGCGGAGAUUGAAGCACGGCUCCAACUUCUGAGGCAACAACGAGAAGAUGCCACAAAUGCAAGCAUAGGUACCAAUACGGGUACGAGUGCGAAACCAAGGACGAUGGAAGUCGUGGGGAAAGCCGGGAGGGUGGUGAAACUCGUCGUCCCGGGCGAAAAGGAAGAGCAGGAGAAUCAGAGUCGGAGUCGGAGUCAGAGCCAGAGUGUGAAGAAAAAGGGUGGGAAGAAGAAGAAAUGA